AUGAUCAAAGCGAGACUUCGUGGAAAAACCAAUAGUGUGAGGGAAUCGGUACAAGUGCUUAGUGCUAUUGUGAGUACCUUUAUUAAUGUGAUGUUUUAUGUGUCUAGGUACAACUAUGGUAAAAGCAAGGAUGCAAAAGCUGAUGAGUUAAACGAUAUCAUUGUUGAGCUUUUAAGUCAAAAACAACAUGGAACGUACUCUGUCAUUGACAGAUCACAACCAUACAUCAGAGAGUUCCUUUUGCGCGAUGCCAACCAACCUUCGAUUGUGGCUUAUCUCGACCAAACCUUGAAAGAUUUGGAGAGAUUUUGCGUCAGCCAAAUGAAAUGCAGUGUCUCUCUAGCUAUCGAUACGACCUUCAAUAUCAGCAAGUUUUAUUUCACGCAAACUGCUUACAAGAAUGUUUCUAUUGUCUCGAAAGCAACUGGAAAACAUCCAUGGUUUCCUGGUCCUCUUCUUGUACACCGUAACAAGACCCCAGAGAAAUUUCAAUAUUUCUGGCAAGCUGUAAAACGAGAAAUUCCAGCGCUAAAGAACCUUGGCGUAUUUGGAACUGACGAGAAGGCUGCUGUUUACAAUGGCAUUUUGUCAGAAUGCGAUGGCGAAACUGUUCAUCUCCUUGGAUUGGAGCAUGUGAAUAAUAAUAAUAAUAAUAAAACUUUAUUUAAUGAGGGAUUACAUUGA